UGGAACAUGUCCAUCUGACUAACCUUGGCAGCCCGGCGGAUAGCCAUCCCUGCCCCGCAGUCCUCCAUAACAUGGAACAUGUCCACCUGACUAACCUUGGCAGCCCGGUGGAGAGCCAUCCCUGCCCCGCAGUCCAUAACAUGGAACAUGUCCACCUGAUUAACCUUGGCAGCCCGGGGGAUAGCCAUCCCUGCCCCGGACAGACAACUCCAAUUUUGAUACGGAUGUUCUGAAGGCGAUGCGUAACAUAGAUGACCGUAUUGUCCAUUCUCUCAACACCACCGUUCCGACUGUCUCCUUCUCAGGCAGAGUGGACGCCUCCCAGACAUGCAGAAAGCUCUAUGAGUCUCUGAUGGAGGCCCACCUGAGCAGAGACCGAGCCAUUAAGACGUGUAUAGCCCAGACCUCUGAGGUGGUGGGCCAGCUGAGAGAGCAGAGAGCCAAGGACGGAGACAACAUGACAACUGUCAAACUACUCAGGAAGGAACAGACCAAGUUAAAACUCAUGCGGUCGGAGCUGAAUGUCGAAGAGGUUGUUAAUGACAGAAGUCUGAAGGUGUUCAGUGAACGGUGCCGGACCCACUACACGCCUCCUACGGUCAAGUGACUAUCUGAGCUGCUCUGGUGAGAAUGGCUGCAGAUCCAGGUGGCUGCAUCAGGACCAGAACCAGACCGAGCCAUUGAGUCAUCCGUGGACUUGACCUGAGGGACCCUUCAGCCGACCACACUGUUAUCAUCCAUGGGGAACGCUGCGUUGCCUCACAACAAGGCCACCUCUGUCAAGCAAUCUGCUCUGUUUAUUUUCAUGAUUGUAGUUUUUAUUUGAAUUUUUUUAAACAAUGAAGUGUUUUCCAAUGGC